CGCGCUCAUCCCGACGUCGUGGCCAUUUUGCUGUCCGUUGAUAAGUCCGCGCGAGCGAGGUAUUAGCAUACCGACUGGUUUUCCCAAGCUGCGUUAUUCGAAAAGUGCGAAAAUUAAAAAAGAGUAUUUACGAAAUUGCAAUUGUCGCUCGAGCGGUUACUUCGCGCGGAUGUGCUCGCGGGGACAAGGAAGGAGACGAAACGCCUGGUGACCGUACCUGAGGUAUGUGCAUACACGCGAUUAGAGGUUAACGUCGCAGCCUCCCGUUUUUUACGAGCCGCUCGUUCGUCCACGCCUAUAUAGAGAAGUCCUGCGAUACGUUUUUCACGAGUUGGCUGGGAUGCUACACGCGAAUUUGUCUUUUGACUUAUGGAUUUAUUUACCUUCGAGCUGCUGAGACUAAUGAAUUGAUCCGAUUGUGUGAUGCACAGUAUUUUCGCCAAUUUCGAAUGCUAAUAUAUAGGGUACUAUAUGUAUAUGCAGCAAAUUGUCAAAAAAAUUUCGCACCAAAUUAGUGUCUUACACAUACUCUAUUUGUAAGCCCUUAACUUGGUCAUGGACUCUCAAUUACAAAGCAUAACAGUGAACUGAGUUUAGGAAUGAAACAUAAAGUGUAAAAUAUAUGAGUAUAGGCAAAGAUGGAAGUUGAUACAAAUGUAUGCCAGAUUUUGGAGCAGGCUGAUGAAGGUGAAGAAAUCAUCUUAGAGCCUGAAGGAGGGUGCGAAGAGGGAGAAGAAAUUGAAGAGAUUGUAGAAAUUAUUGAAGAAAUUGAGGAGGUUGAAGAAAAUGAGGAGGUAGGGGAUGUUGAAGAACUUGAAGAAGUUGAACAAAUUGAGCAACUUGAAGAAGAGGAAGAAAUUCAAGAAGCUCCUAUUGUAAAGACUACUAAUGGUACAUAUGUUCAUAAAGAAAAUUAUAUGAACAACAAUCAAAAGAACAAAGUAAAUACUAUUUUCCAACAGCCCAGUAGCAGCCAAGAAAAAUCUAAUAUUCAAGUACACUAUGAUGCAUCUGCUGAUUGGGAAGAUGACGAGUAUGAACAAGAAGAACAAGACAAUUCUGAAGAGCAUAUCGUACAAGAGUCAGCAUCAAACAGCCAAGAUUUUAAUACAUAUGCAACCUAUAGCAAUGGUGGAGAUGGUGAAAUCGUGCACACUGAUGAGGGGACACAAAACUCUCAAACACAAGAUAGUUAUGAACAUAGUCUGAACCAAGAGAAUAGCGUAGAUAGUCAACAGCACAAAAUUGUUCAAAAUCCAGAAAAUAAUCUUAUUUACACUGUGCUAGAACCUAAGAAACAAGCUAAACAAGCUUCACAAGACACUAGGUCGUCGGAUCUUGAAUUUGUAGAGGUGCAAAGGUACAAAGAUGAAAAUUUACCAGAAGAUGGAACCAUUUAUUAUGCUGUGAAUGACGAUGGUACUUAUGUUCAGGCUGUUGAAGGUAAUCAGCAGUACCAGUUCGUCAACCAAGAACAAAUGGAAACUGAGAACCAGGAAUGGGAGGCAGCCAAUCAAAAUGCAGAGGAACAACCAGAACAGGCAGAACAAGAUCAAAUCUUUUUACAUGAAGAUGAAGAUGGUCAACUUUAUUUUAAAAAUGAGCACGGGCAAUUACAGCCUGUUUACCUCACGCCUGAUGGAAGUUACGCUAUAGUAGAAAAUAGCAGUGACGAACAAGAUAGUCAGGAAGGUCCAACUCGCAUGGAAGAAGAGCCAGUAGACACAGAUAAUUACGUUCUUCCUGAUUUAGAUUUAAAACCAUAUACCAGUUCCAAAAAGCAACGUUUAAAUGAUCCAUCACAAGACGAUGACGAUAGCACAGUAACAAUAUCAUUGAUAAUUUCGGAAGAUGAGAAUGGACAAAAAAGAACUCAAGUGAUAAUACCAACAGCUGCUGACUCUAAAUGUAAUAUAUGCAACAAGACGUUUAAGACAUCAUUACAGUUACUCAAACAUAAUAGACUUAAACAUGCAAGAGAAGAAGAUAUCACAACACGGAACUUUCCUUGUGAUUUAUGUCCUAAAAGAUUUACUGAUCAAAAUUCUUUGGCUCGUCAUAGAAAAACGCAUACAGAAGCUCGACCAUUCCAAUGCCUCGAAUGUCAUAAAUCUUUCCCAACAGCCAAUACUCUAAGAAAACAUUUGGCAAUGCAUAAUCCAGAUUCACAGCCAUUGCCAUGUAUUUAUUGCGGACGUAGAUUUUCAGAUAAGAUAAGUCUUCAAAAACAUGAGCAAUCGCAUUUAGCCGGUGAAAAAAGGACGCACGUUUGUGAUAUUUGUCAAAAGUGCUUCUCAAAUAUUAAUGACUUGAAUAUUCACAAGAAAAAUCACGACCCGGACAGAAAAUUCGACUGUGAAGUCUGCGGCCGAGAGUUUAAUCGAUUAAAUAAUUUGCAACGGCACAUGAUGGUUCAUCAACAACAAGGAGCAAAUGAAGAAAUUUUAUCAUGUAACGUUUGCGGUAUUACGUAUAAAUUUUCAAGUUCGUUGACUCGGCACAUGGUGACAACCCAUAUGAAUCCUGAAAAACUUCGACAGCAAGCCGAGGAGCAGAGAAGGAAACGCGAAAGCAAUUAUCGUCGUUACCUGGAAAAUAGGAAAACCUAUGAAACCCAGCAACCAAAGCGCCCUUAUCGCCGUUCUACUGGUAGAUUGAUGGAUGAUCAAGAUGACGAUGAAGCAGAUUGAUUGAUAUGUUUGAUAUAGUGGCUGGUUAUACUAGUCGAACAUUAGUCCGAAAAGACAAAAACUAAAUUCGAUUCAUAAAUAAUUUUUAAUUGACUUCUUUUUUUCCGUUAAAGAUGAACCAACUUUUUAAAAGAUAGAAAAUAUAUAAAAAUUUAACUAACAUGUAAGUUAUGAUGUGAAAAAGAAAUACUACCCCACAGAUUAUAGAGAUCUAUCUAUAAAUAAUUCAACAGAAUACAUUUGUGGAAUAUUUUAAACAAUAGAUAUAUGUUCUAAAAUUACAAGUGUGUAUAUAAAAACUAUCACACCGAAUAAAAUUUCGUUUUGUUUUGAAAUUUGUAAAAAAAAUUUGUGGAUUAGUUUAUUUUUUUUUAUUUAAGUUAUUACAUAACUUUUGAAAAUAUACAUGUUUUCCAAUUGUAUGAGUGCAAAAGUAUGUACAAAAAUAUUCAUUUUUAAGGCGAAGACUGUCUUAUUUGUAUUAUUUACAUAAUGUUUCCAGAGUCUUAUAAUAAGCAUAUUUUAUGUCGUACUCCAUGUCAUACCAAUAAUUUACAGCAAUGCAAGCAUGCGAUUGUUUUACAUGAUGAAACCACAGUGAAGGUAAAUAAAGAAUGUCACCUUUACUCACUUUAA